UCUCUUUCCCUGCAAGGCGCCACUAACGCCAGUGCCAGGCUCGCUCACGCGCUUCCGCAGCCUCGUUUCUCUCACCUGCAGCAUCUCAAUCUGGAGUUCGCCCAGCCAAUCACGGACGCGGAUCUGCUGCUGCUGGAGGGGAAGCCCAUCGUGUCUCUCAAUCUCAACGCCUGCCAGCAAGUCACGGACCAAGGGGUCACCACAGCUGCAAAGCUGCUCCCUAACCUCCGCUCCUUCUCGCUCUACUGGAAUCUCAAAGUGACGGAUUCAGGGGUGAAGCAAGUGGUGCUGCGAUGCUCCUCGUUACAGUCACUCAACCUUAGCGGAUGCAAGAACAUCACCGACACAUCACUUCGUUUCAUCGCCAAUUCGCUUCCGAACCUCAAGUCUCUCAACCUCACGCGGUGUGUGAAGGCGACAGACACGGGUCUAAAGCACAUCACAGCGGGGUGCUCCCAUUUGGAAGAGCUGUUACUCUACGCACUCUCCAGCUUCACAGACGACUCCCUGGCAACCAUUGGCAAGCUAUCCCACCUGCGAGUGCUUGAUCUGUGUGGCAUGAAGGUAUGA